AUGGCAAAGCGUGGCAGAAAGCCUUUAAACAGGGGAUGGCGAUUACAGCAGCAAAAUGGAGUUCACGGACAUGGACAGAGUCAGCCAAUUUUACACCAACAGAAAUAUGAACGUUUAAGACCACAGAGAUUGGAUCCGGAGCAAAUUGGAAGCUCAGUACAUGAUGAGAGUGAUACUAUAUCGUUUCGAAACCAUCUUUUGGAAAACUAUAUUUUAGCAUCUGAAUGGAUUGAUGUAUUAACAACUCAGGCCGUGCCAAUAAGCAGGGUGAAGAAACCAAAUAUAUAUCCUGAAGAACUAAGGCUUCAACACUUAGAAGAGCAGCUGCGAAUGCGUCGUGAGCAGCUCACGUUACUGGAAAAGAAAGUGGAACAACUGGACACAGAACUGGACACAUCAUCUCAAUCGGUCGUACUGAAAGAAUGCAUACAUAAACUAGACCAGGAUAUUUUUUGUGCUGAGACUGUAGAUGAUAUCCAGAAGAAGUUUGAGACGCAUUUUGGGGUCACCAUUAGGGCCGGUGCAGUGAUUAUGCAUCGAGAUAAGUUUAAGUUUCCAUCUCAAGUUGGAAACAAGGCUCCUGACAACUACUGGACUGAGGUCUAUCCGCAGAUACUGGAUCGCAACCUACAAGAAGAGCGGGAGAAGCUAGAGCUUGAGCAACUGGAGAAAGAACGUCUUCAGCAAGAGGAAGAUCUGCAUCAGCAGCAACUCGAGGAGGAAGAAAGAAAGCGAAAGCAACAAGAGGAGGAGGAACGGCAGCUAUUACUACAGUCAGAAGCAGCCGCUGUGACUGUGACUGCCACAGCCGCUGCAUCAGAUCAACAGACUGGAGAUGCCCAACAAGGAAGCGAGAUGCUCGACGAGAUGUUUAACGACAUAGGCACUGAACCUUUCAAUACGGGAUUCGACGACGCCUUUGGAGAUUUCGACAACGCUUUCUUCUAA